ACUGUUCCCUUCUUCCCUUCUCCACGCUCAUCACAGAAAAUUUCUUUCUACAAUCCUAUCUCCUCAAAUGCCCACAAAAUAUGCCACCCUCGUCUAGGCCCCGUUGUUGCCGGGUAGCCGUGAUCGGCGCAGGUGCCGCCGGUCUAGUGGCUGCCCGUGAGCUUCGCAGAGAGGGCCUCCAAGUGGUACUGUUCGAGAAAGAUGACCAAAUCGGUGGUACCUGGGUGUACAAUUCCCAUGUCGAACCUGACCUUCUCGGGCUCGACCCCUCCCGACCCAUCGUUCACUCCAGCCUCUACGAGUCCCUCCGAACCAACCUGCCCAGAGAGUCCAUGGGUUUUAUGGACUUCCCGUUUGUGGCCCAAGAAGAGGGUGAAACGAGAGACCCGAGAAGGUUUCCGGGUCACAGAGAAGUGUUGCUCUAUUUGCAAGACUUUGCAAGGAAGUUUAGGAUUGAAGAGCUGAUUAGGUUUCACCGUGAGGUGGUUAGCGUGGAGCUGAUUGAUGAUCGGAAAUGGAAAGUGAAGUCACACAAGAAGAGAAUUGAGAGUGAUGGCGAUAAUUAUGGGAAUGAUUGUUUUCUUGAUGAGGUUUUUGAUGCUGUGGUUGUUUGCAGUGGACAUCAUACAGAACCUCGUAUAGCUGAAAUUCCAGGCGUCGAUUUGUGGCCUGGAAAGCAAAUACACAGCCACAACUAUCGUACUUCAGAGCCUUUCAGGGAUCAGAUGAUAAUUAUAAUAGGCCAUUCCUGGAGUUCUGCUGAUAUAUCCGCUGAGAUAGCUGCAGUUGCCAAAGAGGUCCACAUUGCAUCUAGAUCAGUUCCAGAUGGUACAUAUGAAAAACAACGCGGAUAUGAUAAUAUGUGGCUUCAUUCAAUGAUAGAAAGUUCCCAUGAAGAUGGUACUGUGGUUUUCAGAGAUGGUAGUGCUAUUGUUGCAGACGUUAUUCUGCAUUGCACCGGGUACAAGUAUCACUUCCCCUUCCUCAAAACCCAUGGCAUUGUGACUGUUAAUGACAAUCGUGUGGGGCCACUGUACAAGCAUGUUUUCCCCCCUGUCUUGGCCCCAUGGGUUUCAUUUGUUGGCAUACCAUGGAAGGUCACCCCUUUCCCAAUGUUAGAAUUUCAAAGCAAGUGGAUUGCUAGUGUUUUAUCUGGUAGAAUUUUGCUUCCAUCUCAAGAGGAGAUGGUGGAAGAUGUCAACUUUUUCUACUCAACACUUGAAGCUUCUGGCAUACCUAAGCGAUAUACCCAUAAUUUAUUUAAUCAUCAGGCUGACUACAACAAUUGGCUUGCUGCACAGUGCCAAUGUCCAGGCUUUGAAGAAUGGAGAAACCAAAUGUACUAUUAUACUACCAAAAACAGUACUGUCCGGCCCAAGACAUACCGUGAUGAAUGGGAAGAUGACCACCUGAUCAUUCAAUCCCACGAGGACUUCAAGAAAUAUAACUGAAAUGAGGAUAAAAACAAAAUUUGCAUCUCUACUUCCCAAAAAAAAGAAAAAGCAUUUUUUAAGUGAAGUAGAUCAAACGAAUCCUUGCAUGAUAAGCUUUCAGCACUCAGCAGACCUUACAUCUCAACUACUUGUAUUAAACGAUCCCCUGAAUGUGAAGGGAGUAUAAAGUUAAACAUUGAAAAAUGGAUGAUAUUCUAUGGACUUAUUGCAGUAGACCAAUAUGUAUGGGAAUAAAUUCAUUUCAAAGUGAAA